AUGGAAAAUAUUCUUCUAAAUAAAAGUGAGAACAUAGAGGCUUGCAGAAUUGACUUAGAUAAGAAUAGAGAAGAUUAUAAUUUGGCCAUGGAUGUUCAACAAAAUAACAAUAACUGUGAUAACUGCAAAGAAGAUUAUGUAGACUUUUGUUCAAAUUGCGGAGUAUUAGUUGUCCUUAAGGAUACUCCCAUUCGUAUGGGUGUCGAAAUGAGAGCAAAGAAAACAGCACCCAAAGGUAUCUUGGAGGUACAGCCAUCAAAAAUUCAUGGUUUGGGAUUAUUUGCUUUGAGAUCUAUACAGAAAGGUGUGAGACUUGGACCGUACGAAGGCGAAAUAACAAGAAUUGACAGUACCACGGGAUAUGCUUGGAAAUUGAGGGACGGGCGUUUGGUUGAUGCCAGCGAUGAAAAAUCUUCUAACUAUUUACGAUAUGUCAACUGUGCAAGAAAUGUCUCUGAACAGAACUUAAUAGGCUUUCAGUACCAAGGACAACUAUACUAUAGAACUUCGAAAAUUAUUUCAAAGGGAGAAGAAUUAUUGGUGUACUAUGGACCGAGUUAUGCCAAGCAGCUCGGUAUAGAUCCUAAGAAAUAUUUUGAACCUCCAGAGGAGAAAUCUCAACCAAUUUUUUUUACAUGCCAAUAUUGUUACAUCGGGCUCUCAACCGAUUAUUAUCGAGACAGUCAUGAGCUUAGAUGCAAAUUUCAUCCAAAACGAUUAAUUGCUUAUGAUACGAGUUUUGUAUGCAAAAACUGUGAAGGUGAAGAAAACAAUGCAAUAAGAUGUGACAAAAUUGUUUUUAAGAAAAAAAGUGAACUUACAGAAAGAAAGGCUAUUUCCAUGAAUAACAACAAGGAGAAUGAAGAAUUGGAGACAAAAAAGAAGAACAAUAACAAUAGUUUAAAAUAUUUAUGUUCAAUAUGUAAAAAAUACUUUUCUAAGAGACAAGAUUUGGAUAAUCAUUAUUUACGGAUACAUCCGCAUGAAACAAUUGAAGUACUUUCAAAAGUACAUACUUGUACAAUCUGUUCGUACAAAACUACAAUAUCAUCUAACUUAAAUCGUCAUAAGUGCACUACUGGAAUAGAUACUAGAAUAAGCUAUUCCUGUGCCCAUUGUAAAUAUGUUACUAAAGAUAAAAGUGACUUAGUUACACAUUUAAGAGUUCAUAAUAGUCAAAAACCUUUUGCUUGUUUGGAAUGCAACAAACGGUUUAAUCAAAAAUAUGCAUUAGACAAUCACAUAUUGAGAAAACAUGAUGAUAAUGUAUUAUUAUUAAACACAUUAACUACAAAAAUUUGGUUGUGUUCUGUUUGUAAUUUCAGAACUAUAAUUAAAACACAUUACAACCAUCAUUUGUUAAACCACUCUCAAGAAACUCCUCACAUUUGUUCCGAAUGUAAAAAAGGAUUUAAACGAGAUGACCAUUUACAAUCACAUAUUUUGAGUCGUCAUUCAAAAAACGAAUCAUUAAUGAAAAUGGUAACCCUAAAAAUGUAUACUUGUGAAAUAUGUAAAUAUAGAACUAUAAAGAAAACUAAUUUUAAAACACAUUUAGAAACUCAUUUAAAAUAA